GGAAGUUGAGGGUCUUUGCUGUCCCUUCCAGCCCUGACAACGUCAUUCCGCUCGCGAUGGGAUGGGCUGAUGCGGGGACCCAGCGAGAACGCGAAAAGGACGCGGAGGGUGGGCAGGGGGCCUGAAGCCCAGGCGGGGCCCAUGGGGGUCUAAGGCAGGAGGGAUCUGGAUUAGGCCCUGCGGCUCCUGGGCAGCUGAUGAGACUGGCCAGUUCGUGCGGGUCCGGGCUCCAGGUUCGCCCAGCGCGGAGGCCGCGGGUUUAGAUGGGUGUGGCAGCCACUGGAGUGCGGCCGGUGGAGCACACAGACCGCUCUGUCCAGCUGUUCUGGGGCCAGUGGUGGGACCAUGUGCGCGGUCCUUCCUGCUGCCUCCGCCCCCAGUUUCCUUUGGCCUCCAGCCCGGUCUUGGCGCUUUGGCCUUGGGAUUUUCCGUGUCUCCAGCCUGAGCCGCCGUGACUCAUAAGACCCAGGGGGAUUUGCCCGGAAUUCCCAUUUUUAAGGCCUGGAUUGGGGACACGGACUCUUUGGGGACAGGGGUCCCCAGGACAGCCGAAUGGCCUCUUGUGCAGCCCCUGCUCCCUCCGUUCUCUGCCUCUUCUCCACCGAAGGAAGUUCUCAAGUGAAUGUGACAUUGAGGACCACGGGUGGCCUUGUACUUGCCCGCUGGUCAGAGAGGGGAGGCAGACAGCCCCAGCCAGACUCUGCUCCCCCUGGGCAUUUGGGAACGUCUCCCGCCUCGGCCUGAGGCCCGCCCUCUGACAUAUUGUGGGACAUCACGGCCACCCCGAAUCCCACCGGUGCACCGAUACCAUGCCCACGUCGCCCCUGCCCUGCCCCACCCCGGGGUGAGGCCUGGGACCCCAGGGCAGGCUGUGGCCUCUGCCAGGCGCCGUACUCAUGAAGAUGUCACCCACAGGCUGAGCAGCCCAAAGUGCUGAGUGCCGUGGAGGACCGCAUGGAUGAGCUGGGCGCCGGCAUUGCCCAGUCCCGGCGGACCGUGGCCCUCAUCAAGAGCGCAGCCGUGGCUGAGCGGGAGAGGGUGAGCCAGCUGUUUGCGGAGGCUGCAGCCACCCUGCAGGGGUUCCAGAAGGAGGUGCUGGGCUUCAUCGAGGAGGGGGAGGCCGCCAUGCUGAGCCGCUCUCAGGGGGACCUUCGGCGGCAGGAGGAGCAGCGCAGCAGGCUGAGCCGGGCCCGCCACAACCUCAGCCAGGUCCCCGAGGCCGACUCAGUGAGCUUCCUGCAGGAGCUGCUGGCACUCAGGCUGGCCCUGGAGGAGGGGUGCGGCCCCGGGCCUGGUCCCCCGCGGGAGCUCGGCUUCACUAAGUCAUCCCAGGCUGUGAAGGCGGUGAGAGAGGUGCUGGCCGCGGCCUGCGCCAGCCAGUGGGGGCAGCUGCGGGGGCUGAGCGGUGACGAGGACGGGCCGCACAAGCUCGGCCCAGAAGCUGACGCUGAGUCCCAGGACCCAGAUAACAGCAGCCACCUGGACAGCGAGGUGCCCCGGGAUUACUUCCUCAAGUUCGCCUACAUCGUGGACCUGGACAGUGACACGGCGGACAAGUUCCUGCAGCUGUUCGGAACGAAAGGCGUGAAGAGGGUGCUGUGUCCCAUCAGCUACCCCGAGUCCCCCACCCGCUUCACGCACUGCGAGCAGGUGCUGGGCGAGGGCGCCCUGGACCGGGGCACCUACUACUGGGAGGUAGAGAUCAUCGAGGGCUGGGUCAGCGUGGGCGUCAUGGCUGAAGAUUUCUCCCCACAAGAGCCCUACGACCGGGGCCGGCUCGGCCGCAACGCCCACUCCUGCUGCCUGCAGUGGAACGGACGCGGCUUCUCCGUCUGGUUCCACGGGCAGGAGGCGCCCCUGCCGCACGCCUUCUCGCCCACGGUUGGGGUCUGCCUGGAAUAUGCCGACCGAGCCCUGGCCUUCUAUGCCGUGCGGGACGGCAAGGUGAGCCUUCUGCGCCGGCUGAAGGCCACCCGGGCCCGCAGGAGCAGCCCCUCGGCCUCCCCCGGGGACCCCUUCCAGAGCGUCCUGGACAGCCACUUCCCGGGGCUCUUCAGGAGCCGGCUGAAGCCCGCUUUCUUCCUGGAGAGCGUGGACGCCCACCUGCAGAUCGGGCCCCUCAAGAAGUCCUGCAUAUCAGUGCUGAAGAGGAGGUAAUGCGGGCGCUGGGCCUCGGCUCCUGGCGUGCACGUCUCCGCAGCCCACGGGUCCUCAGCAGCCUCAUUUCUAAAAGAACACUUGGCCUCCCAGACCCUCUCAAGUGCCUCUCAGACCCCCCUCCCCCCACUGCAGGCCUUGUUUCGGGAGAGAGAGCCACAGCCAGGACAGAUCCAGGCCACCCCAAGCCCUCCUUUUCCAGGUGCCUAGGACAGUGCCUGGCACACAGUAGGUGCUCAAUAAACAUUUGUUGAGUGAA